AUGUUGGGCAUGCGCGCCGUCGCCCUGCUCUUGCUUUGCGGCGUAUGCCUAGCUCACAAAGAUGUCCGCAUAGGUUACUGCAUGACGCCCGACGACCACCCGGCGGCGGCGGCGACGGCUGGUGGCGCGUUGCCGAGCGCGCCGGCUGCGGUCUCUACGUGCCGAUAUGAGAACUCGACCUGUCCCGGGCUCGCAGAGGGCAACGGAGAAGCAAUCCUUCAAUACGAGCCCGAGAUGGCAUCCAAGUCGUGCAGCGGCGAUUAUCCGUGCGUAGUGAGGGGGGAGCCAUGCCUGGUGUACGAAGCCCAGCCGACCGCCAAGUGCUCUCAAGUCAGCGAUCGGCUGCUCCGGCAACUGAGGGCGCUCUGA